AUGAAACGAGGAGAGGGACAACGAAGUCCAGCAGCCUUGUGGCCCCAGUUGCAGGAGGAGCAGCACGCGGAAGCGGAUGCAGAAGACCCUAAACGCCGGUCGAUAAUUGAGUCUGAAUCAAAUUCCAGGCUGCGCGACACGGAGUCUCCUUAUGCGACACUGCCGCAUAACUGUCGGCACUUUUCCACGUUGGCAUUGUCUGCUAGCGAUACUGACAAGCCGACGGUUGCCCACACACCAAGCACCUCUACCACUGUCCCAUUGUCACAAAACAGUGGCGUCCGCGUGGUUAAAGGGCGGUCGUCCAGGUUGAAUUUGGAGUUGGUGGCGCCGAGGUCGGGUGACGGACAGCCACUAACAGUAAAGCAGGAGCUCCCUACGUAUUCCGUCCGUACUGUCGUACGCCAGGAAGACCACCCGUUGUGGUCAUCCUCCCCACAGAUGCAACUGGAGUACCUGUUUGGCCGUGCCACGUUGGGACAAGGCGGUCUUCGGAGGGACGGUUACAUAAACUACCCCAAAGGAUGGGAUGCACCAGCUAGAAAGCAGCGGUCUUCUUUGUCACCCGCGGAAGAGCCUUGCAAAGGUGGUUGGAGCACGCCACUUGCCACUAUAGAGUGGCGGCAGGACACUAGGUUGCCGAACGUCUUGCUGCCGCCACCCUCACAACAACAGCAACAGCUGGCUACGACGGCGGUAGGCGCCGAAACAGUUUUUUCGGAAAGAGGGCAACGCUUUGCUGUGGCUCCCCCAUUAGAGCCGCAAGCAGGGUUUCAACGAAUUCGACUCCGUGACUUUGCCACACAUGUCUCAAUAUUGCUACGUGAUGAGUGUGUCUGUCGUCAAGCAAUCGUUGCGGAGGAACGUCAAGAGGCAGUGCUUGACAUUGUAAUGGUGCCAGACGUCACGCUUAGGUCGCUUCAUCCAGCGUUGUUGGCUGGCAUCGAGGAAACAGCUAUAUUGGAGGAAAUCUGUCGGCGUUAUAUUUUAGAAGAAGAAGUCUGCCAACGAACCCCAAUAUGGGAUUUUUAUGUCUUUGAACACCGCUGCUUGGUUAUUGGGCUGGCGCCACUAAAACGUCUCUUGCUGCAGUGGAUUUUGUAUUACCGGGGGCGUAAGCAAAGACACUUGGAACAGCAAAACUGUCUCAUGAGGCGAGAGGAGAAAUCUCGGCGUGAGCUCACGCACAGGUGGCUGGCGGCUCAGCAGAAACUCUUUGCCUCUCUAGUUGUUGCCACAGAGGCCCUGUUUCGUGCCCUCAUUGAGGAGUUACAGCUGUGUACGCAGUAUGCUCACGGGUUUGCAAGUAUUUGUUUGAAGGAGCAAGUUGAAUUAUUUCCGCUCUUGUACGGUGCAGUAAUGCCAAGAGUGGUCGUCUGUGGGCGAAUCUCUGGUUAUACCCGUUUCAAGCAACUUGACCUACAUGACCAACACGAACGCCGCUACUUGAGCACGUGGGAAGAAAGAGAUCGUCUUGUCAUUUCCUAUAUUAUGCAGCGGGAAGCAUUGGUGGGUUUUGUGGAGGGUCCCAGACGCCAAACCAUCGUGGAGGAGGAGUCGGUUGCACGUAUGAAACUUGCCUUUACCCUUUUUGCUAUGGCGGAGCGCUGCCACAGACGUGAGAUCGAAAUUGUGGAGGCCUGUGAAUGGCAGAUCGAUCUGCUUCCCUAUUUGUGUGCUGCGUUAGCGCCAGUUGGGCAGCGUCCCGAAGAAAAGCGGACAACAUUUUUGUUUCUGACAAAGAUGCAGGGUUGUCCUACUUAG